AUGCAUAGCAAGGUCGUGAUUAUCGGGUCCGGGCCCGCGGCGCACACCGCUGCUGUGUAUCUUGCGAGGGCGGAAUUAAAACGGUUCCUAGCAAAUGGCAUUGCGGCGGGUGGCCAAUUGACCACGACGACUGAUGUAGAGAACUAUCCUGGGUUCCCUGAUGGAGUUGGCGGUGCUGAAUUGAUGGACAAAAUGCGCGCGCAAUCCGAACGUUUCGGCACCCAGAUCAUCACCGAAACAGUCGCCAAAGUCGACCUCUCCUCUCGCCCCUUCAAAUACUGGCCCGAGUACAGCGAAGACGAGCCCCCGCACACCGCCGACGCGGUUAUCAUCGCCACGGGUGCGUCAGCGCGCCGUCUGGGCUUACCGGGUGAGGACAAGUACUGGCAGAAUGGCAUCUCGGCGUGCGCCGUGUGCGACGGCGCAGUGCCCAUCUAUCGAAACAAGCCGUUGGUCGUGAUCGGCGGGGGAGAUUCGGCGGCAGAAGAAGCGAUGUUCCUGACGAAAUACGGAUCGCAUGUUACGGUGCUGGUGAGGAAAGAUGUGCUUCGGGCUUCGAAGACGAUGGCGAAGCGGUUGUUGGCUAACAAGAAGGUGACGGUUAAGUUUAACCAUGUGGGUGGCGAGGUUACGGGGGAUGAGAAGGGGUUGAUGAGUCAUAUGGUUAUUAAGGAUGUGAAGAGCGGGAAGGAGGAGAAGAUGGAGGCGAAUGGGCUUUUCUAUGCCGUGGGCCAUGAUCCGGCUACGGCGCUGUUCAAGGGCGUCGUGGAUACGGAUGAGGAGGGGUAUAUUGUCACGAAGCCCGGAACUAGUUAUACGAAUGUUGAGGGCGUGUUCGCCGCGGGAGAUGUGCAGGAUAAGAGGUAUAGACAGGCUAUUACUUCUGCUGGCUCUGGUUGCAUAGCAGCUCUUGAGGCGGAGAAAUUCCUCGCUGAACAGGAAGAUGGCCUUGAUUUGGAAGCGGAGAAUGGGGCGGAGAAGAGCAACAAUGUUGUGGUUCCUGAAUACAGAUCCAACCCUUUGCUAUAG